AGAGUUUCAUUCAUCGAAUGGUUAUCCAAACAGGCUUUCUGAGAGGACUGUGAAUGCCCAUGGCGAUCGCUUUCUCAUUUGCUCAGUCCACUCUCUUCUCCAAAUCGCCGCUUUUCUUCCAUAUAAAUGGAUUCAGGAGCUUCGCCUUUUCGACUUCCGCGGUUGUGAGUUGGGAUAAGCUUCGCCGUCAGAAGUGGAGACAACCCGUGGCUUCGGUUCUCGAGCUUGGCGGAGUAAAGAUGGCUAAAGAUGAUGUAGUGAGGGAUGACCCAACAAACAAUGUUCCAGAUACAAUAUUUUCCAAAAUUGGAAUGCAGCUUCAUAGGAGGGAUCGACAUCCAAUUGGGAUUCUGAAGAAUGCCAUAUACAACUACUUUGACACCACUUAUCCAGACAAAUUUGACAAAUUUGAUGAUCUCUGCCCAGUUGUUUCUGUUAAAGCGAACUUUGAUGAUGUCUUGGUACCUGAAGAUCAUGUGAGUAGGAGUUACAAUGAUACAUACUACGUGGACCCUCAAACUGUCUUGAGGUGCCACACUAGUGCACAUCAGGCAGAGCUUUUGAGGAAGGGACACACCCAUUUCCUUGUGACUGGUGAUGUUUAUCGUAGAGAUUCUAUUGAUUCAACUCAUUACCCCGUGUUCCAUCAGAUGGAAGGGGUUCGAGUUUUUACUCCUGAUGAUUGGGAGCCAUCAGAUGUUGAUGGCACAUCUUAUGCAGCUGAGGAUUUAAAGAAGUGUCUUGAGGGGUUGGCCCGCCACUUAUUUGGUGCCGUAGAAAUGCGCUGGAUUGACACAUAUUUUCCAUUUACCAAUCCAUCCUUUGAACUUGAGAUAUAUUUUCAGGAAAAGUGGUUGGAAGUUCUGGGUUGUGGGGUGACAGAGCAGGAAAUCUUGAAGAGAAGUGGCAAAACAAAUAAUGUUGCUUGGGCUUUUGGACUUGGAUUGGAGCGUUUGGCCAUGGUCCUCUUUGAUAUACCAGAUAUCCGACUUUUCUGGUCAACUGACGAGCGGUUUACGUCUCAAUUUUCGGAAGGCCAGCUUGGUGUAAAGUUCAAGCCAUUUUCAAAGUUUCCUCCUUGUUACAAGGACAUGAGUUUCUGGAUCAAUGAUUCCUUCACCGAAAACAAUCUUUGUGAAGUUGUUCGAGGAAUUGCUGGAGAUCUUGCGGAGGAGGUUCAACUGAUUGACAAUUUUACAAACAAGAAAGGGAUGACUAGUCACUGUUACAGGAUAGUGUAUCGGUCUAUGGAACGUUCGCUUACAGAUGAGGAAAUUAAUGAUUUACAGUGGAAAGUAAGGGAACAGGUGCAGCACAAGUUGAAUGUUGUCCUGAGAUGAGAUUUCUUGGUACUGCCAAGCCCACUGCUGCAACUCUGAUCUUAUAAACUUCCUCCACAAGUUUUGAGUUCUAUGUGGUGGUUUCCUUGAGCACUCAAAUCUAUGUAGUUGAAAUUCAAUUUCUUCAAAAGAGUUGCUGGGAAUUAAUGUGUGCUUGCUAGCAUUGCAAACUGUGGAAAACAUAAGUUGUCAAAGGUCUACUGACUGUUUCUACAUGAACUGUAACGAAAUGAUUCUGUUCUUAUUUUCGUUACCCCUUCUCCAAUUAUUUAUCUCAUCGAUGAAAACCUUGGAAACCUUCACGUGUAAUUGAUGACAAAUCUUCAGUUGAUUUUCCGUACCUUUCACCUCUUGUUUGUGUAGUUCUCUUGCCACCAACUAUUCAGAUGAAAAAAAGAAAAAGAAGGCGCAAUUUAUCCA